AGCUGUGAGGAGUGAAUGCCACCAGCUGCUGUUCCGCUCAGCAACAGUUCCUUGCUGAUUAGGUCGAUGCAGUGGGUAAAUCAUGCGAGCUGUUGCCGACGUCAUCGCCAAGUUCGCAGACGAACUUAAAUUCAUCGACUUAGAUGCCAUCUUGGAAGACCUGAACGCCGAGGGCAUCAUCGAGCACCACGAAUUCAUCGAGGUGAUCCCGCAGCCCAUCAAGACGAAGCUGCUCCUCCUGCGGGAGACCCUGCCUCGUCGGGGGGACCAUGCCUUCCCCGCGUUCCUCAAAUGCCUCCGGCGACGACGGCAUUUGCAACUUGCUGACAGGAUGGAGCAGGAGAAGAACCCAGUCCAGGCAUUGAAGGAACUCUGUGAGAAGAAUUCUUGGAACCCUCCCGAAUAUACUGACGUGAAGGAAAGCGGGGAGCCGCACAAUAGAAUGUUCCUGGUGAAGGUGGUGGCGAACAAGAAGACGUAUCAACCGAGCCAGCCGAGCAAGAGCAAGAAGGAGGCGAGGACUGCGGCUGCUUCCCUUUGUCUCAAGAGGCUGGGAUUCGCGUGGGAUUAGGGGGAAUGGCAAUGGAUUCUUUCAUAUUAUGCAAGGCGUCUGAAUCUUCCAUCGGAUUUUACAUGACUUUCGAGACAUGAAAGCUUCCAGAUAUAUCAAUGUGAUUCUUUCACAAUAUCAACAUGAUAUUGU